CGAUCCAGCGUGUCGGCCGUGCGGGAUGCUGAAUCCGUGGGAGAGAUUCAGUCGUAUUGCCUGGGCUCUCUCUGUCGCACGGCUAACGCCCGGUUGGCGUAGCGUAGAGUGUGCGAAGCUGCCAUCCGCGUGCCGCGAGAGAAGCCGAUCUCCUCCUCCUCCUCCUCCUCCCUCGGGCUCGGUGAGCUCCUCUUCGUCGCGACGGAAAGGAAGUCGAGACGGCACACAGCGGGAUGGGCACGUCCGCGUGAAAGGGAUGCGCUGCGUGAUUUCACGGAGGUAGCCGGCGUUGCAGAGCUCACAUCCGGAAGCAGACGAGAACACGGGGCGCGGAGAAGAGGAUGGGAAUGUACGUGACGGGCGUAAUCGGCGUGAUUGUGUUUUACAUCGCGGUGCUGGCCGUCGGCGUGUGGGCCGCCGCCUUCAAGAGACGGCAAGCCGCCCAGAACAACAUGCAGGAUGACAUGAUGCUGGCAAAUCGACGCCUCGGCCCCUUGCUCGGCGUCUUCACCCUUAUCGCAACAUGGGUUGGAGGAGCCUUUGUCAACGGGACCGCCGAGGCCAUGUUUACGAGGGGUCUAGCCUGGUGCCAAGUACCUAUCGGAUACAGUCUCAGCCUGAUUUUCGGUGCAUUGCUCUUCGUGGGCCCGAUGAGGAAGGCCGAGUACGUGACGAUGCUGGAUCCCUUUCAAGAACGAUACGGCGCGGGCAUCGGAGGCUUGCUCUUCCUUCCGGCAUUGUGUGGCGAUCUGUUCUGGUGCGGUGCCGUCCUGAGAGCGCUAGGAAGCUCGCUGGCCGUCGUCGCCGGCGUCGACCCGAACAUCAGCGUUUGCGCGUCCGCGCUCUUGGCAGCCAUAUACACGGUCUUCGGCGGAUUGUACUCCGUAGCGUGCACCGACGCUCUACAAUUGCUAUGCAUUCUACUGGGUUUAGUGAUAGCUGCGCCGUUUUCCAUGCUGCAUCCCGCGGUAUCGUUCCAGCAUAAUCUGACUCCGAAGGACUGGAUGGGACAUGUGAAGAACGAGGACCUGGGCGAAUGGAUAGACGGUAUGCUGUUGCUGGUGUUCGGCGGUAUACCUUGGCAGGGUUAUUUUCAACGAAUCCUAAGUAUUAAGAGCACUUCCGUUGCAACGACUCUGUCAAUUGUCUCGAUGUUUGGUUGCCUGUUACUCGCGGUACCAUCAGCUUUUAUCGGGGUAGUCGCUCGUGCCACCGAUUGGUCCUCAGUCGCAGGUUACAACAAAACGUUCACCACGGAUGACGGAAACGCCGCGUUGCCGAUGGUCCUGCGGUAUCUCACGCCCGAAUGGGUGUCCUUCGUCGGUCUCGGCGCGAUCUCGGCGGCAGUGAUGUCCUCGGCGGACUCCAGUAUACUCGCCAGUAGCUCUAUGUUCACCAGGAAUGUCUACAAACUCACGAUACGACCGAAAGCAUCCGAGCGGGAGCUAAACUGGGUCUUGCGAAUUUCCGUGAUCGCGGUUUCUAUAUUGUCCACUCUCGUUGCUCUCACGGUCAGCAGCGUUUAUUACCUUUCGUACUUGUGCUCCAUCUCGUCUACCGAUCUCGUCUACGUCGUUCUGUUUCCGCAAUUAUUAGCCGUUAUCCAUUGGCCUACUAUGGUGGACACAUACGGCUGCUUGGCGGGAUAUUUCAUUGCUAUUGUCCUGCGUCUCGGUGGCGGUGAAAGAGGACUCGGCAUACGCCCGCUGAUCCAGUAUCCAUUCUACGACACAAAGACGCGCAGUCAGAAGUUUCCCUUUCGCACCGCUGUCAUGAUAAUCGCUCUCUUCACUCAGCUCUUCACCAGCUACCUCGCCAGAACCCUGCUCGGUAAAGGGUACUUUCCGCAAUGUUGCGACGUGUUGAACAUCUACUCAUCGCCGAAGUCCAAGGAGCCAUCAGGCGUCGUGCAAAGCAGCUCCGGCGCCGCUCUCAUGGAUUCAUCCUCAAAAUCGACGUCGGGCAUAGAUUCCUGCGAUGGCGUCGGCACGUGCGUUUACGACGACGAAAGGGCCUGCUGCCACGAGGACACGGUCGAUCGCGGCGACGGCGACGCGAUGACCGGCAACGACCUCUCGGAGCUGUCAAAGGCAAAGAGCAUCGGGAUGUCGGUCGCGCAACGUGCGAAUCACAAUCUGCAGAAUCUGCAAAAUCUGCGCAGCGCGAUGCCGACACCGGCGCGGCACGUUUCCAUGGCGAGCCCGGUAUAUCAACCGAUACAGGGCGAACAGAUCCUCGGGGUGAGAAAUCUGCGCAGUCCUCUCGGUCCUCAUCCGACACAGGUGCUCUCGCCCACCCGGUCGAUCGGCCCGGUCCCGGCUACUCCGAUCGCUCCGUGCGCACCCUCUUACGCCAAAGUGGGCUGCGAGCUUGGGCCGAGCAACGAGAAGCCGCGACAACGGGACAACGACAGGAUCGGCAUCGUCGAGAGAAGCAACAUGGAGUACAACUUAAAUAGCCAGGAGAACCCGCCCGCCAGCGUCGGCCCCAGAAAGUGCGUGAAGGGCGUGAAGCUCGUCGGUAUGGAGGGUGGCUUGUUACGGAGACCGUCGCUGCAGCUUCCGGUACUUAACUCCCACGAGACGGCGUUUUGUGUCUCGUGCCCUCAGAGCACAUUCUCACCGACACCGUCAGUGGAACUAGUCAACAUUCUGGACAGGAGACAGAGCGGUGGCUCGUACGGGCCAGGCUCUCUGUCCCCCGUGCCAACGAUGGGGGUAGUAGAAGCAUGCAAGACCCAUGGGACCGCGACUGAGGGGCAGACCGGGAACGAGCAUUGCAAGAUAAAGAGAGGCAUCGUACGACAUCACAGCUUCAAUGACACGGGCGAUCGAGCGUUGACGACGCUCGCCAGACAACCAAAUUACCCAUCGAUGCCGCUGAGGCCGGAGGACGGCCGUAUGACAUUAGCGAGAAAGGACAAGCCUCGUCUGGCCACUAUAGGCAGGCACUCGUCGAUGAACGAAGCGGAGCUCAGCAACACAAGCAGCCUGAUUGUCAGUCCCACCUUCAGCAUGUACAAUUCGGGCGCGAAGAGCUCUAAUUAUUUCGUCACCGACGACGAAGCUGUCAGCAGGUUUUAAAACGGAGUUCCGCAACUAGGAUCUCCAGAAACCGAAAACGAUACUUGCGGAUUCGUUUAGAAAGUGCAAAGGUCGAAAUUGGCAUGUUCAGCUGGUGCAAAAGAUUCCUUUUUUUUUUAUCAUUCGACAAAUUAUGUAUUUUUUCUUUUUUUGUUAAGAAACAGAGAGUAAAAUUAAGAGCAUGGAAUUUUGUAAAAAAAAGUGGCAUUUUGGAAAACCUUUUAGAUGAAGAGCAACGAUGGGCUACUUUGACUAAAAACACGGGUGUAUAACUUCAUUUUCAUACACUCAAAAAAA